GUUCGUAUAAUUAUAUUAUAAUAUGGUAACUUUCAGUUGCGUAGUGUAACAUUGAAUUAUUUAUUGCGAAUAAUCCGAACUAAUUAUCUUAAUUCAUUCGAUAUAUGAACUGAUUUUUGAUUGCCAGCGUAUUGACGAUUAUAAAUCGACGAAUUUACGCUUAUGGCACAUUGUUUUCGAGUAUCAAGUCUACAGUUAGUAGUUGCCAGAGUGUUGCUUCAGAAAUUACUAGAGGUUUAAGCAAAAUGUCUCCUCCAAUGGAAAGAAUUCAAAAUUUAGAAGCAAUUGAAAAGGACAUUAUAACAUGUUUACAAAGUGCAGGCCAAGCUUUUUUGGAAUUGAGUAAGGAUAAAUCCAAUUCAAAACAAGCUGAAGGACAAACCCAUCAAUUCAUAAAAACUUUAGGUCUAGUUGAAUCUAAACUAAGUGAGCAAAUUAAUUAUUUGACUCAAGUGUCUACAGGACAACCUCACGAAGGAUCAGGAUAUGAAAGUCAAAAGGUUUUGCAAAUGGCUUGGCACAGAUUACAGCAUGUGCGCAGUCGAGUUGAUGAACUGGAACGCAUUAUGAUAAAGCAUCAGCAUUCACGAGCUGCUGCUAUGGGUAGGCCACAGCAACAGCUUCAACAACAACAGCAGCAACAACCACCACAAAUGCAACAACAGCAGCCUCAACAGAUGGCUGCUGGUAAUGUUGCUGCUGUGCAGCCAUCUCAGAUUAAUCCUCCGACAGCAUAGUUAAUGCAGUUCCAGCCAAUGACAAGUGAACCAUUGGCUUUUUCUCAAAAUACUUAUCCUGCAACAGGCCAGGAAACUACAGAUCCAUCAUUUGGUUUUCCUAGACUCUAGAUGGUUCAACAUAUAUUUCAACAACUAUCAUCUAUUUAUUAUUAACAUUACUUUGUUGAGGAAUACCGGGGUAUGGCAAACUUUUUGUGGUUGCUCAAACUUUUGUAUAAAACACAAAUUAAAACUAAAAGAUCUAAUUAGAGAGAAUCAUAGUGACAAUUUUAUUGCUUUGCAUGUAGACUUUCAACAGUACUUCGGUUCGUAUUCAUACUAAAGUAAAAAGUAUACUACUGUAUUGUAACAAUUUUUUUUUAAUCUUAGAAAUUUUCUUAUUGAAAUAACGACUGAAACUGUUUCUUAAUGGCUGUAUUUUUUUUAUUAAAGUAUAGUAUUCUUGAGUAUUUUUAUAAAUAUUAUGAAAUAUAAAGCGAUUGUUAUACAAAAAUGUACUUUAAUUUAUAAAAUAACAAUACUCUAUAUAAGUAUUAAUCUUUGCAAUGGUGAUUUGUAAUAUAUGUAAUAAACAAUGACCAAAUACAAUUUUAAUUAAAUUGGAUUUUUACAAAAGUACGUUUAUUAUUACACAGAGUACAUAUAUUAUUGGAAAAAUAAUUUAUAACACUUUAAAUUUCAUUUGAAAAUUAUUUUGCUAAAAAACGUUUUGAAAAAGAUUUGUUGUACGAUUUUCUUUUUCAUAAAACUAUGGAAGUCAAUAACAAGUUAAAAUAUUUGUACUUUGACUUUUUUCUAAUAAAUCUGAACAAAAACAAAUCAUGCUACAUACUUAUCAUACUAUCAGUAGAUAAAAUUUGUGGUAACUCUUCUCCAAUGUAUAAAUUAUAGAUCCUACAUAUUUGAAAUAAUUAUUAUUGAUAAAUUUUUGUAGCUAGAGUGUUACACCACUUUUAGAGGGUUUGGUGCAGCCGUUAUUUUGAAAAAAACUCCAAUGGUGGUCUGUAAUUCUCAGUUUGACUAUGAUGUGCAUUAAUAUUUUAUUGUUAUAAACAUAAGAAAUAAAAUUAGCCCGAUAUCAUCAUUGAAUGAAUUCUCUAUCAGGAUACAAAAAAUAAUCAUCAAUGUUGCACAAAAUGCUCUAAAUAUGAUUAAUUACAAACAUUUUCACAUUAUCAAUAAUUGUUUCAAGCAUUGGAAUCUAUAAUUUACAAAAACUAUUACAGGGAAGCAGCUAUAAAUAUUUUUCAUUGCAUGCAUAUUUCUACAGCGACAUAAAUACUAGACAAAUGUGGUUGUCGAAAAGAAAAAGGGACCAUCAAUUUGAUUUUACCAGUAAACAAGAUAAAGUAUUUGAUAUUGUAUCUCAAAUUUAAGAAUGAAAUAGCGAAAUAACAAUCAUAGAAUUAUGAAAAUGUGAGUUGAACAUUUGAUUUUAAUGAUUUAUUGUAAAUUAUGGUAUUCGUUGAAUAUGAUUGAUGAAUUUUUUUAUCAUAAAAAUUUAGAUCAAUCUUUUGUACGUAAAUGGAGAAACUGCAUAAUUAUCACUCUUUUUGUCAUUUUAAUGGAUAAACAAUUCAUUGAUAUAAGAAAUGAAUUUGUA